CCAGGCCCGAGCAGGGCGGCCGUUCUCCCGUUCUCCCGGCCGGCAUCCCCCUUCCCUCUGCCCGGGGCCCCGCCCCAGCAGCCCCGGCAGCCCAUCCCCCCUCAGCCUCGCCGUCGGCCUCCGAGUCAGGCCUGGACUUGGAGGCCUCCCACACCCACGGGUGGGCCGCAGAACCCCAUACGCCCCCGAACGUGGUGGACCCGGGAAGCCAGGUCGUGAGGCCCGGAUUCGAAGGUUACCCGAGCUCUGGUCCGGAGGCCGGGUCACGGUGGCCGCCGUUCUCGCGCCGCAGGCCCUAGCACGCGGGCGUCAAGGUUCGGGCCCGGAGUCUGGCGGGACCCUGUCCCUAGACCCGGGACCUUGGGGGGCCGGGCCCGGUCCCAGGUGCGUGGACCCGCCGGGGGCACUUCCGGUCCCCGCCCGCCCGCCCGCCGCGUCGUCCGCCCCGCUGCCAACCCGCAGCGCCCCCCCCGGUCGCCAUGGAGACGCGGUAGCGCCGAAGUCCGCGCGGCUGGCCGAACCGGCAGAACAGCCCGGGCGUGGCGCGGGCAGCUCGCGGGCCAGUGGGCAGCGCGACGCUGCGCAGCGAGGACAAGGUCCGGGCUCGACGUCCGGCCAGAGUCGGCCAAGGGAUGAGAUCCCCGAGGGAGAGGUAGAUGCAUUCCCUGCCUUCUGGGAGCUCACAGGGCCCUGCAGCAGAGAGGCUCACAGGGCUUAACGCGAGGCAGGACACCGAGGAUGUCCUUUAUGAUUCAUCUGGAGGAAAAAUUCCGGCACCUUCAAGGAAUUUGCUCACUUCUCUGUGUUUGUUUCACCUGUGAACCCCACCUGAGAAAACCCAGGGCCUCCUGAAACAGAAAGUAAAGCACUGGCACUGGGCCCUCCUGCUCCGGCCAGAACUUGGAGGACUCCGACUUGCUCCCUCAUUGCAGCAGUCGCCUCGGCAUAGAGCCACCUCGGCAUGGAGAGCCCUGCCCGCCCAGCACCCGCCCCCGCGGCGCUGCUUUACUAUGUGGCCUUCUCCCAGCUGCUGGGCCUGGCCGUGGUGGCCAUGACUGGCACCUGGCUCGGUGUGUACCGAGGAGGCAUCGCCUGGGAGAGUGCCCUGCAGUUCAAUGUGCAUCCCCUCUGCAUGAUCAUAGGCCUGGUCUUCUUGCAGGGAGAUGCCCUGCUGGUUUACCGUGUCUUCAGAAAUGAGGCCAAACGCACCACCAAAAUCCUGCACGGGCUGCUGCACGUCUUCGCCUUCGUCAUCGCCCUGGUGGGCCUGGUGGCGGUGUUCGACUACCACAGGAAGGAGGGCUACGCCGACCUGUACAGCCUGCACAGCUGGUGUGGCAUUCUGGUCUUCGUCCUCUUCUUUGUGCAGUGGCUCGUGGGCUUUAGCUUCUUCCUGUUCCCCGGCGCGUCGUUUUCUCUGCGGAGCCGCUACCGGCCGCAGCACGUCUUCCUUGGCGGCGCCAUCUUCCUCCUCUCGGUGGGCACCGCCCUGCUGGGCCUGAAGGAGGCGCUGCUGUUCGAGCUCGGGACCAAGUACAGCAAGUUCGAGCCCGAGGGCGUCCUGGCCAACGUGCUGGGCCUGCUGCUGGCCGCCUUCGGCGCGGUCGUGCUCUACAUCCUGACCCGCGCCGACUGGAAGCGGCCCCUCCAGGCGGAAGAGCAAGCGCUCUCCAUGGACUUCAAGACGCUGACGGAGGGCGACAGCCCCAGCUCCCAGUGACGCGAGCCCCGUGCCAUCCCGUCCCGUCCCGCGAGGCGGUCUCCGCCGUUUCGGGGCCCCGACAGGUGUCUGUCCCGCACCCGCCGAGGCUCCGGGGGUGGGGAGCGGGGGUGGGGCAGCCCUCCUCCCUGAGCGCUGAUUUCCGGGGUGCAGGCGCCCCCCGCUUUCCCCUCCUCGCUGCUGUUGCUGCCGCCGCCGUGUUAGUCCUGCGCAGACCCCCGCCCCCGUUGCCCCUGUCACCCCUUCAGAUGGAGCAGCUUUGGGUAGGGUUCUGGGCGGUUGGCCUGGUCGCAGAAGCACAGAUCCCUAAAGGGGUCGGAGAGUGGGGGGCGGCUCCCCGCUCGGGGCAGCGGGGCCUGGGCUGUGUCUGCGGAGAAGGCGGGGCUCAGCGCCGUGCCUGGAGAGGCCAAGACUUGCUUUGUGUGACACCGAACUCCAACCAGGAGUCUUGCGGGCCCAGCCUUUGGCAGCGGAGCAAGUGAUAUUAUGUGUAAAAUAUGCUGGUGUCAGGGCAGGGUUCCCCAGGAGAGGGGAGGGACUGGCCCUUGGGAAGCUCUGGACGCGUGGCUUUGGCCCAGCUGCGCUCUGCAGCCUUCUCUUUCUUUAACCCCUUAGCCCCAGGGCGGCUUUCUUUGCCUUUGGGGCCCAGCAGCCCGAAGAGGCAGGAGGUGGGCCUGGGCGGGCGCUGCGGGCCGUGUGCCGCCUGCAGGGGCUCCCCUCCCCGCGGGGGGCCGGCCUCGGCGAGCCAGCUGCCCACCAGCUGCCCACCCUCGGAGCUCACUCAGGCGCUGCUCUGACAGAGGCCCAGGACACAAGCCUUUUUGCUUUAAACAAAAAGCUGCCGCUGUUGCCCCCUUUCCCUUCCCAUAGGGAGGGUAGGGGCUGCCUGAUCAGGAGGAAAGCCUCAUCCUCUCCUACCUGGGGCCCAUCUUUGCAGGAAGUUGGGACCAAGUCAGAAUCGGAUUAAUCCCCCCAACCCCAUGAGUGUGUAAUGCUGUUAGCUGAGUCACUGUUUGGCUUCUGUCUAGAAAUAACGUGAUUACAGCAUCGAUCUUGUGCUUCUUGGACCUGGUGAAUGCUCUCUCCUUGUUUUCCUCGUUUUCCGGGCUUUGAGGAGCAUGGCACUGUUUGAGACAAGACACAGUUUACUUAGAUGAAGACAUUAAUAAAAUUUCCAAAUCUGACUACUGGUUUUUUUUUAACGGCUGCCUUUCUCACACCUAAAUGCUGCCUUCGAGAAAGGGGGCUUGUCUCCCUUAAUGCGCAGAUUUCUAAAACAGCUUUUGCGGUGGGUCCUGCCUCAGGCGAUGCUGCUUCUCAGAGCAGGUGGCUGUGUUGGGCGCCUUACCAGCAGGGCUCCCUGCUCCCUCCCGUGGGCAUUCCGGGCUCUGCUGCAGCCCCAGCACCAGGGUGUCUCCGCACCCUGUUUAUAUUAUACGCUCUGCAAGGGCACAGGCUCCGGCAACUCUUUGAUCACCUGGUAAGGUCAGUGUUUACACGUGGGAAAACUCCACCUUAGACAAACUACCAGAGUACAGUUGUAUAUCUCCGUUGCCAGAAAGGCACAGAGAGAAAUGGAACCUUGGAUUUGCAAGAAAAGUCUGCAAGCUGGCCUGUUUGCCAAAGCAUAUGCUGGAUGACUCAUGAGCCAAAAAGCCUCCCCCCCCACCCCCAAGCUGAUCCGUGGUGGUUUAUUUUAUUUUGCCUGUGGCCAAUCUUCUA